CAGGAUAAUAGAACAGUGUUAACAGCUACAGAGAGGUGCAGAGAAAGAUCAACACCAAUAUGUGAGAGGCCUGUUCAUAACUCUGAUAACAGCAGAGAAGAAGCUGUUCUUGAAUCUAUCAGUAUGUGUUUUCAAACAUUUGUAUCUUCUGCCCAAUGGAAGAGGGUGGAAGAGAGUAUAACCGGAGUGGGAGAAGUCUGUGAUUAUGUUGGCUGCAUUCCUGAGGCAGCAGAAAUGUAGGCGGAGUCAGUGAAAGGAAGGUUGGUUUUCAUGAUGGACUGGGCUGCGUUCACAGCUCGGAAAUCCCUGAAGUAGGUCUCAGACCCUGGAUGAGAAGCUUGCAGUCCCCAGUUACACUGAUUCUGCUUUACACCAUAAUUAAAUACAGGAUUUAUGUGGUGCAAUGGGAAGAGAUGCACUUUGCCACAAUUUUGUGUGGGGGCGAUGGGCAGAGGGGUGCCUGUUCCACAAGUUGAGCAAUGUGUGUAGUUCUGGUCACCUCAUUUUACAGAAAAGAUGGAAUUGAACCAGAGAACGUGCAGAGGAGAUUGAUGAGGCUGUGUACCAGGAGCUGGGACAAAUGCAACCAUGUGAAAAGAUUAUGUUAACUGUGCGUUCUCCUUGGAAUAGAGAAGGCCAAAGGAAAAAUUAAUUGAAGUAUACAAAAUUGAGAGAGUCCUCAAUACAGUGGAAGGAGCCACUUACACCAACAGAGAAUCCAGUGAUAAUAGGGCAUGGAUUUAAAAUGAUUGGUAGAAAGAUUAAAUGGAAGAUUAGGAAAAGUGUUUUCCCCAACAGGAUGAGUGGGGUCUGGACCCACUGCCAGAAGCAAGAGAAGAUGCAAAAAGACUCAAUUAAUUUGUAAUGUGUCUGAAUUGGCAGAGCCAAUUGGUGCAAAGUGGGCUAGGGCUGGAUGACUUAUUUUCUCAGCCGGCGCAGACACAGUGGCCCAAGUGGCCACUUUCUAUGUCUUGAUCUUUUUAUGAUUCUGUGAAGCAAAGCCAAAGUAUGAAAAAUGUUCAUCUCUUCUGCUUUUCUAACCUGGGCUGAUGGUGAGGAUUUUUGUAACCUCCUUUGCAGGACAUGGCAACGGUUCUUUUUGCGAAAAAAAGCAUCACAACACAAUCUGACGGUGACACUUGAUUAAUCAGGAUGUGGAUGUUAUCUGCCUUUGAUUGUAUGUGUUGUUCUCCAGGUCUUUGUUAUUCACAGUUCAUACUACUUAGCUUCCCAAUCCCUGUAUCACUUGCUGAAAAUGUUAAAUUUGCAUCUUGUAAUCCAUUUACUGUCUGCUAACAAGAACAGCAUUUCUUUAUUUUAUCUAACUGUCUUUAAUGCACACACCUCAAAGCCUCAAACUAAAAGCCUCAAAGCCUCCACUAGAAACCUUCCUCCAGUUCAAAAGACAACUGUUAAUGAUGACUCUGUUCCCUGUUACUCAGCCAAUUUCAGACCCAUGUUGUUAGAUUUAGGUUUUGCUCACUGGGCUGUUACGGAGAUUUUAUCUAGUACUUUUUUUCCCAGUCCAUGUUCAUCCUAUCAAUUGGAUUAUCAUCACCAACACUCUUCAUCAAAAACUCAAGAGAAAGUUCAUCACAAUUUUCUGUGAACAAUUCUAUUUUAGCUUUCUUAAAUGAACCCAUAUUUCUUUAAGUGGUUUCUCAUUUUGCCUGGUAUGACCAUUUCUAACACUUUUCAAAGCUUAAACUGACUGUCCUGUCAGUGCUGAAUUAACUGACACAAGUUUCAUGUGGCAAAACAAAAAGGAGUAGUAAUGGGGAUGUAAAGCCAAUGAGAUGUGUCUGGGUGAGGUGUGAUAAUGACAUUUAGAUACCAUAAAUACAAAGUAAAGACAACCAGGUUGUGUUGGUGUUGACCUCUAUCACACUUUCAGAAGCUGCCAGACCUGCUGAGUAUUUCCAGCAUUUUCAGUUUUUAUAUCAGAUUUCCAGCAUUUCACUUCUGUACUUGUUUUUAGUUCUUAGGACUGAAGGGAACAAAUGGUGUGGGGAGAAAACAAGAACAGUUGCCUCAUUCAGUCAUGUAUCUCCCAACCCUGCAUUUCCUUUUCAAGGUUGAUUUGUAAUUAGCGGAGUCAUAUGAAACCGUAUCCAGCUCUGACGGGCAUUCUGUUUAUUGGAACUGAAUUAUCAAAGAAUUUUGAACAUGGAAGGAAAGAGUACAUUCAACACUGGGGAGAAAUACACCUACUCUGUGUGUGAAAGAGUCGGCCAGCAUUUAUCUGAAAUGUCCAAACGCCAGUGCAGUCAUACAGGAGAGAUACUGUGGGAAUGCGGGGGUUGCGGGAGGGGACUGUUUUACCCAUCCCAGCUGGAAACUCACCAACACGGUAACACUGGAGAGAAGCCAUUCACCUGCUCUGAUUGUGGGAAGAGAUUCAAACAGUCAUCCGACCUUCUGACACACCAGCGAGUUCACACUGGAGAGAGACCAUUCACAUGCUCCAUCUGUGGGAAAGGAUUCACUCAAUCAUCCAAUCUGCUCACACACCAGCGGGUUCACACUGGAGAGAGACCAUUCACUUGCUCUGUGUGUGGGAAGGGAUUCACUUCAUCAUCCACUCUCCGGAUGCACCAGCAAGUUCACACUGGGGAGAAACUGUUCAGUUGCUCCCAGUGUGGGAAGAGAUUCACUCUGUCAUCCUCCCUGCGGAGACACCAGCGAAUUCACACUGGGGAGAAACCAUUCACUUGCUCUGUGUGUGGGAUGGUAUUCACUCUCACAACUGACCUGCUGAGACACCAGCGAGUUCACACUGGGGAGAAACCAUUCACCUGCUCUGUGUGUGGGAAGGGAUUCAGUCAGGCAUCCAACCUGGUAAUACACCAGCGAGUUCACACUGGAGAGAGACCAUUCACUUGCUCUGAUUGUGGGAAAGCAUUCACUCAAUCGUCCAACUUGCUGAGACACCAGCAAAUUCACAAAUUCAGAACAUUGGAAAGGUCUCUCAUCAGUGUGAACAAGUUGGUGUGUCGUGAGGACAUGUGCUUCUCUCUCCGAACACUAUUUUUGAAUUCAGGAUCAAAUUUGGUGCUUUUAAAAAGGGACACUGCAGUCCCAAAAUCAGCCACAAUUCCAGAGUACCAAACUCCAGCCAGUUAUAAGUGUGUCAACCUCAGGAGAAACAAAUGUAAUAUUGUUAGAUUGUCAAUCUUGGAAAUGAUCAACAACAGCAAUAACAGCAGAAUCCACUUCUUUCAGAGGACACGGAAAUCGCUGGCUGAGCCACCAUUAGCCAGCCUGGACAAGACAGUGAUUCUGUCAGACCUCCUUGAUAAAACAGGCUCUCCAAUUGUAAAGAGACUAGUUGAUCAAACAUAUCGUCUGUGUGUGGAAGAGUCUGUGAAGGUUCAUCUGAAAUGUCUAAACGCCAGCGCCGUCACACUGGGGAGAGAAUGUGGAGAUUGUGGGAAGGGAUUUCUUUACCCAUCCAAGCUGGAAAUUCACCAACGCAGUCACACUGGGGAGAAACCGUUCACCUGCUCUGAUUGUGGAAUGGGAUUCACUCACUCAUCCAACCUGCGGAUCCACCAGCGAGUUCACACUGGAGAGAGACCAUUCACCCGCUCUCAUUGUGGGAAGGGAUUCACUCGGUCAUCCAGCUUGCAGGUACACCAGCGAGUACACACUGGGGAGAAGACCAUUCAGCUGCUCCAUUUGUGGGAAGGGAUUCACUCAGUUAUCCAAACUGCUACUACACCAGCAGAUUCACAGGAGAGAGAGACCAUUCACCUGUUUUCAAUGUGGGAAGGGAUUUACUCGCUCAUCUAAUCUAUUGGAACAUCAAUGUGCUCACACUGGAGAGAAACCAUUCACCUGCUCUGUUUAUGGGAAAGGAUUCACUCGGUCAUCCAGCCUGCUCUUACACCAGCGAGUUCACGCUGGGGAGAGACCA